AUGGCCAACCGUAAACGAAAAGCGGAGGAGGACGGCGAUGGCGACGAAAAUAUGUCGCCCCUCAAUUCGCCGGCCGUGCAGCCGCGCAGCAUUUCUCGACCUUCGAAGAAAGUACGGUCAAAUGAUGUGACCGGUCGUCCGCUCAACCUGCCUCGCCUCCUUGAAACUCUCGAUACCGACCAACUUCGUACUGUCCUCGAAAGAAUUUGCGACACGCAUCCUCAGAUCGGCCUCGAAGUCGUCACGCAAGCUCCUCGUCCGUCGGUCGACGCCGCUCUUGAGGUCUUGCGUAGAUAUCAGGACAAGCUCAACGGUUCCAUCCCUUACGGAAACAGCAGCGCCGAAUAUACUUAUUAUCGCGUCAAAGAACCCCUCGUGGCCCUCAUCGAUGCCAUCGCCGACUUUACGCCUCAAUUUCUGCCUCCCACCGAAACACAGCCAACCAGGUCCUUGGAAUUCCUCGAUCAAGCUACCAAGCUAAUUCAUGAGUUGCCCGACUGGGAGCCACAAGCGUACCGCCACCAUAAGGACGGCGCUUACGAUGAUAUCUCGAAAGCCUGGGCCCUCGUUAUCAACGAAGCUGGCAAGCGAGCUGGCGGCUUCAAUCUCCACUCCAACGGCUGGGACCAGGCUCUCAACAGACACAACCAGCAGUCCGGCGAUCGUUUGGCCGGAGCCAUCUCCGCCAUGAUGAACAGCGUUGGAUGGAUGGGUGUUGGCCCCAACCAAAACUCCAAUGACCAAAACUCCCUUCUCAACCAGAUCAUCUCCGGCAACUUCGGCUCACCCGUGCGAGUCGGACCGUGGUAA